GCUUACAAGGCUGCUUGUGAAGUCACCAAAGAGAGCAAACAGGAGGCGCAAACGUACAGUGACACUGGAUUAGAGAACCUCAUUCAUGAUGUUACCCCCAGAUCCCCAAAAAGAAUUGCACCCAUGGGGAUCCCACAAGGUCCCCUCGAGAUUCAAAUCCCCAGAACUGUGUUUUACGUAGCAGAAGAAAUGGUGGAGAAAAAAAAGGCUGUGGGUCCAAGCGACGAGGGGCCAGACUGGGAAGAAGGUAAAAGGGUUGAGAGGAGGGACAGCUGGAGGAUCGGAAAACCCCUGAGCCGCAUCGAGUCCUUGCGAGAGAAAAUCAGACAAAGAGAGCAGAAACAAAGAGAGGCAGAGGAUGGAGGUGGGAGCGAAGGCGCAGAGAUAAAUGUCAGUCAGCCAGCUGAGGACAGGCAUGAAGAGAGGGGAAAUGAAAUAGAGACAGAGUGGGAAGCUGCAGAUCAUAUGCGGAAGAGACUGAUCGAAGCAGAGAGGGGACAGGAGGAGGCAGCAGGGCAGACAUCCAUGACUGCAUUUGACGUCACACAGGAAGUCAGCGUGUUGAAAACCUGCCCUCAGCUUCCUGUUCCUGUCCCACACUCGCAAGCUGUCAGAGAGGAAGUAACAAUCGAGUACGCCACCGCUGCCUCAGAAGUGAUCUCUGAUAGCGCCCAGUUAUCUGAGGACGAAGACGACCCUGUGAAACAUGUGGAGGAACAGCUGAGACGCCACAGGGGCCAGAUCGAGAACCGAGAAGAGCACAAGGAGGAGGAGAAGGAGCUCUCAGAGGAGGAGUUAGAGGAAUCGACUCUUGAUCCUGUGCAAUCUCUCUCCCCAUUGCCGCCUCAUUCCAACUCCCUCGCAGCCAUGAGUCGGAUCUACAACUUGGAAACAGUUGGCUCGAGGUCGGGCUUGUGUCUGAGGGAGAGGACUGUGGACAUCCCAUCAGUGCACCUUGUUAAAGUGAAGCCCCUCAUGUCAAACGCACAGCAGGGCGACAGCAAAGCAUUCCCAGGUGAGGACAUUUGUGCGGUUCAGACAAUACAACGACAGAUAGAGCAGUUUCAGCUGAAAGAGCAGGAAGUGCUGAAGUCUUGUACAUCACCAAACACUCCUCUUAAGGACAGAGAGACAAGGGGGCAGCAAAGCCCCAGAGGACUGUUAAAGCCCCAGGUGAAGGACGAUGUCAAGAUCCAGGAAAAAGAUCAAGAAACAUCAAUCCCCAAAGUGACUCCUCAGCGGGUUUGUUCUCCAACAUCUCUGUUCAAACAAUCCAACCAAACUAUUACCAUCACCCCUCCACAUCUCAGGAGCCAAUCCCCAGACAAUACCCUGAAACUCUCUGAUUGUGCCCUGACCCCGGCCUCCUCCCCGAACUCCCUAUCUCCUGCCCAGUCUCCUAGUGUCUCUCCAGCUCCCACCCCAUCGCCCACGCUCUUCUCCAUCAGGAGUGCCUCUGGAGGUAAAGUAAAGAGAGGUGCCACCAUCACAAUCGCUCCAAAAAAGUCUGGGGGAGGAAGUGGCGCCACAGGGUCAGCUGCGGGGUCCACGGCAGCGGGGUCCACGGCAGCGGGGGUGACACCCGCAAAGACCUCAUCACAGCAGGCCCAGACAACCUCUGCUGUGGCUGAGCCAGCAAAGAAGAAGUACCCCACAGUGGAGGAGAUUGAGGUGAUUGGCGGAUAUCAGAACCUGGAGAAGUCCUGUCUGAUCAAGAACAGAGGGACCCCAAAAAAGGGAAAGGUGUGUUUUGACGAGGACCAGCUGGAGCAGGUGUGUGAGUACCCAUCAGAGACCUCCAUGCUGGCUUAUAGCCCCUACCCUCAUGACCUGUGGAGGCUGCAGGGAGAGGAAGCGCAGGAGGCGGAGGCUGAAGUGGAGGGAGCAACGAUUAUGUCCAAAAGCACAAGGAACGCGGGGGCUGCAACAAGACGGGGUCUAAGAGUGGAUGAGUCUUGCCCUCGGUAGAAGCCGGUCGCCUCGCCAAAAUUGCCCAUGUGAUGAGAUGACCAACAUUUUGUUGAAUAUGACGUGAUUUUUUUUUUGGUUUGUUGAAUUUGAAUUGUUGAAUUGAGUGUUGGAGUGAGUGUAAUCCUUGUGGUGGUUUUGUUUUAUCUAGCAUCAGCAUGAAUGAGAGAUGUGGAAGACAUGUACAGUCCAGGUUGUUCUAUGCAGUUGAAAAGGGAGAAUAAUUGUGUUUACUGGGGAAGUUAUUGCCUAGUUUAAUUUUCAGGGAAUCUGAGGGACAAAUGUGAAUGUAUAAGUGCGGUACAUAUUAUAUAAUACCCUCAGGUAUGCACUGAAGGAUCACUUGUCUAUGCAAUAUAAUGAAACCGAUAAGAUUUUAUUUUUUAGUUGCUAUAUUUGAUAGUUUCUGGAGCCUAGAUUUAAGUCAGCACUGCCUCAGCACAGAAGAGUGAUGUUUAUAUCAUCUGGUUUCAUGUGCCUGCUGGAUUUGCUCAUACAGAUGAUAUGAAGAUCAGUUUAUUUGGACAUUUUCUGAAAAAAGCCCUCCUCUCAGCGGGUGUUGUGUUGAGCGUUGCAGGAACAGGGGCGGUGCAAUGUGUGCAGAACAGUUUUUUUAGUGGUCUCGUUGUGGGGUUUAAUUGAGCCUUACUGUUCAUAAUGACAACUUUGGUAACAGUUCAGUUAAUGUAUAUGGAUAUAAAUAAAGGGAUUAUUCUAUUGUUUUUGUCAUGUGGAAGCAGAGAGCACAGUGUGAGUGAAAAUCUCUGAGAGGAAGCAGAGAACAAUUCAAUUCACAGACUAACUUCAUAUUACAGCUGCUAUCUGACAUUUGGCUGUAUUACAAUUAUAACAUAAUAUAUACUUGUAUUUCUUGUUUGUAUAUGAAUAUUUUAAUUGGUGAAAGAUGCAAAUUAUGUGCAAAUUAUUUUUUUCUAUGAUGGUUGAAGAAGCUGGCUUCAAGAGAAAAAAAAAUCAAAUAAAUAUCUCUGAAAACA